UAUAUAUAUAUUUUUUUUCUUGCCAAGAAUGAAAGCAAAACAAAUCCUUAAUUAACUAUUCCUGUACGGUGCUGUAUCUAUUUCUAAUCAAUCAGCUCCGCCAAUCCAUCUCUCUCUCUCUCUCUCUCAAACUUUCCCAAUGUUAAGCCAAAAAACCCAAGCUUGAUCCUCUGGAAUCUAUGAUACAGUAUCUCUUAUUUCAUUGUUUCUGAAUCUUUUUUAGAUCCUCUCUGCCUGAGUAAGCAUUUCUGCACCUGUUUUCUUCAUCUAAAUUCAUUUUUCCAUUUCAGGUUCACUUUUUCUUCGUAACUAAUUGAGUUUUGAAGUUUCUGAAACUUGAUAUACAAGUAAUUUUGUGGGUUUUUGUUUCAAAUUUCUAGCAAGUCAGAUCUGGAAAUGAGUGAAAAGAAGCUGUUUUCUAUUUAUGGCCUGUAAAAUCUAAACUCCAAGAUGUUUGAAUUUUUGAAACGUUUGGUUUUGAUUAAUUGUUAGAUAUUUGUUUCCUUUUUUUUAUUUUUAUUUUUUCUCUUGGUUUGUUUAUUUUUAAUGGAUUAAGCAGCUUUGAGCGUCUUUUCCGCAACUUUGUCCCAAAGAUCAAAUUUUUUGCGCAUGCCUUUUUGCUGUUUCAGUGUUUUUAAGUGGUAAAGUUUUCCUAUUUAACCGCUUUUAUUUAUCACUUUCUUAAAAACCCAUAUUUUGUUUUUCUUUAUCACUCUCUUAAAACCCAUGUUCUGUCUCGGAGAUUAUUAUUAACCCCUGCUUAAAUCUUAUUCGCGUAUCUAUCAAGAAGGCAGCUAAGGGGUCUGUUACAAAGUUUCCUUCUCUCUAGUUUGCAUAAGAUUGGUUGUUUUGGUAGGUUUCUCGGUUAAUUCAGGAAAUUUUGGGUUAUUGCUGAAAAAGAGCGAAGUUGGAUAAAUAAUUAUUUGUAAACCAGUGAACUAAGAAUGAGGAAAUAUGUGAACUCCCACUCAGGAAGGGCGUUUGGUGAUAGGAUAUGGGUAAUUCCAUUCUUUGCUAGCGUCCUCAUAUUCAUUACCCUUUUUCUGACAGCCAUAUUUGGGUUGUUUACUUCCCCUAAUGGUGAAGAACAGUUGCCAUUCGACAUCAUUUCAUUUGCAAAAUCUGAGGAUUCAAGUGAAUACUUUGUUGAAUCAGAUUUGAAAAAGUCACUUGACACUAGUGGGGAAUGGGAAACGAGGUUGCCUAGAUUAGCAUAUCUUAUUUCUGGUACGAAGGGUGAUAGUCAUAGGAUGAUGAGAACCCUUCAGGCUGUUUAUCAUCCAAGAAAUCAAUAUGUGCUGCAUUUGGAUCUAGAGGCUCCUCCACGUGAGAGAUUGGAAUUGGCAGUUUCAGUAAAGGCUGAUCCAACAUUUCGUGAAGUGGAUAAUGUGAGAGUUAUGGCUCAAUCUAAUUUGGUGACAUAUAAGGGUCCUACAAUGAUUGCUUGUACCCUGCAAGCCAUUGCAAUUUUGUUGAAGGAGAGCUCAGAGUGGGACUGGUUUAUAAACCUCAGUGCAUCAGACUAUCCUCUAGUGACACAAGAUGAUUUGCUUCAUGUUUUCUCCAACAUGUCGAGAAAUCUCAACUUCAUUGAACAGAUGCAGAUUACUGGUUGGAAACUGAACCAAAGAGCCAAACCAAUAAUAAUUGACCCAGGGCUAUAUUUAUCAAAAAAAUCUGACAUUGCUUGGACCACUCAACGGCGUUCACUUCCUACAUCUUUCAAGUUAUUUACAGGUUCAGCAUGGGUAAUGCUAACUCGAUCUUUUGUUGAGUACUGUAUAUGGGGUUGGGAUAACCUUCCACGGACUAUCCUCAUGUACUACACAAAUUUCAUAUCAUCUCCUGAAGGCUAUUUCCAGACAGUUAUUUGCAACACUGAAGAAUUCCGGCACACUGCCAUAAGCCACGAUCUCCACUACAUUGCUUGGGACAAUCCUCCCAAGCAGCAUCCCCUCUCUUUGUCAAUGAAGGACUUUGACAAAAUGGUCAAAAGCAAGGCCCCAUUUGCUCGAAAAUUUGCAAAGAAUGAUGCGGUCUUGGACAAAAUUGACAAAGAGCUUUUAGGUCGAACUGGGCGAUUUGCACCUGGGGCGUGGUGUAUCGGGCGUGCCGAUGGUGGAGCUGACCCAUGUUCUGUGCGUGGUAACGAUUCAGUGUUCAGUCCAGGUCCUGGUGCCAAGAGGGUGCAAGAGCUCUUCCAGACUUUGUUGUCUGAAGAUUUUCUAAGAAAGCAAUGUACAUGAAAUAUAUGAUACUCGAUUACCCAAGUGUACAUUAAUGUAUUCCAUAGAUUACACGGUUCAUGCAAAGUCCCAGAAUUUUGUUUUUAAUAUGUAGUCGCAGAACAUGCAAUUACGGGUACAAUUUCCACUUUACAAGUCAUACAGUCUUGAAGGGCCUGAAUGAGUUUUGGAUAUCCAUUACAUUUAUUCAACAUUUCGUUUUGGAACUA